AUGUUCGUGUGUGUCUCCCAGGCGCGUGCGUCCACAGCGUCUAGCGCGGACUCCCGUCGUGAUCUGGAUGAGAUGCUGUCAUCUCUAGGCGUGGCGCCGGUGAGGGAUGUGCUAUCUUCACUAUCUUCGCUGGCCUCCCUCACUCCGCCGCAGACCGCCUCCCCUGACGCGAGCCUGCCACACGCCGACCGAGCAUCUGUACCUGCUAACACAGGUAGCAAGAAGCCGCCUCAGCUACAAGUGGUAUCAGUGCAGUCAACAGACAUCCCUCCCAAAGAGAAUGUAACAUACGCCAAGCAGACACAGACCAACACCUCGGGAGUUACCGAGCUAAGAGAUGGCUGCUCUUCCAAUGCAUCGCCGCUUGCAGGAUACAUGGAGGACUGGUGGCGGCCCCGGAAAGCGCACGCCACUGACUUCUACGACGAGUACAAUCUAAACCCGGGUUUAGAGUGGGAGGACGAGUUCACAGUGCUUACAUUCGACGGUGAUGGCGCGCGGCAAGGAGACGAAGAGGACGCCUUCCACGGGAAGCUGCCUCCGGGCAUCCUGCCGCACGGACUGCCCACCGUGAAGGAGGUGCAGCCCGCGGUCACCGCCGCGCCCGCCGACAAGAAGGACGAGGAAAAGGAGAAGAAAGUCCGCGAGCUGAGCAACGACGAGAAGCAGACGAUCAUGUUGUCGGCGGAGUUCCAGAAGUUCAUAAGCAGAGCGGGGCGCGUUAUAGAGAGGGCGCUGGCCGAGGAGGUGGACAUAUACACGGACUACACCGGCGGAGGAGACGGGGAGAACGCGCAGGACGACAAGUGUGACGCGCGCGUGUCGCUGGUGCGCACGUUCAGUGACGAGCGCUGGUCGCGCGGGCGCUGCGUGACGUGCGUGGACUGGUCGGCCGCGCACCCCGAGCUCAUGCUGGCCUCCUACCACAACAGCGAUGACGCGCCGCACGACCCCGACGGCGUCUGCCUCGUGUGGAACACCAAGUUCAAGAAGGCCACGCCCGAGGACGUCUUCCACUGCCAGUCGCCCGUCAUGAGCGCCACCUUCGCCAGAUUUCACCCUAACUUGAUCCUGGGCGGCACGUAUUCGGGACAGAUCGUGUUGUGGGACAACCGAGUACAGAAACGAACGCCCGUACAGAGGACGCCGCUCUCCUCACAGGCGCAUACUCAUCCAGUAUACUGCCUGUCGGUUGUAGGCAGUCAGAACGCCCACAACCUGAUCUCAGUGUCUACGGACGGCCGCAUGUGCUCGUGGUCAUUAGACAUGCUGUCACAACCGCAGGAGACCAUCGAGCUGCAGCACAGGCAGGGCAAGGCAGUGGCAGUCACCGCCAUGGCAUUCCCGCACGGAGAUGUUAAUAACUUCGUGCUGGGCAGCGAGGACGGGAAUAUAUACACCGGUUGUCGUCACGGUCAGCGUGCGGGCGUGUCAGACAGCGUGGAGGGUCACGCGGGGCCGGUCACGUCAGUGUCGUGUCACGCCGCGCCCGCCGCGCUCGACCUCUCACACCUCUACCUGUCAGCCUCCGUCGACUGGAGCGUCAAGCUGUGGAGUCUGAAGGAGAACAAGGCGUUGUACUCGUUCGAGGACAGCGGUGACUACGUGUCGGACGUGCGCUGGUCGCCCGCACACCCCGCGCUGUUCGCGGCCGUGGACGCGGGCGGCCGGCUGGACCUGUGGAACCUCAACAGGGACACGGAGGUGCCGAUAGCGUCGGUGAUGUCGGAGGGCGGCGUGGCCUUCAACCGUGUGUCGUGGAGCCCCAGCGGCACGCACAUCACUGUCGGGGACGACGCCGGCAAGAUAUGGGUCUACGAUGUGGCAGAGAACGUGGCCCAGCCGCGACAAGACGAGUGGACCAAGUUCGUGUACACGCUGCAGGAGCUGAGGAACAACCAGGCGGACGAGGAGACGGACCGGCUGAGCCUGGCCAGCGGACCACCCUCGCUCUCCAGCCUCACCUCGCUGGCCAGCAACCCGCUCAGGUGA